AUGGACAUCCCACACUGCACAGCCAUCCAGAGGCCGGCGAUAACCACACCCUGCGUCGUCGCUCCCAAGCGUAGCUGCCACCGUGUGCACCCUCGAUGUUCUACUAAUGAGCUUUGUACUCUAAAACAUGGACAUCCCAUGUCGAGGUUUGGACCAGUCACCGGCAAACACGACACUAGGCAUGCGAACAGGCCCCGCGGAGAAACCACCAUACUCAGUUCUUGA